UAGAUUUAUAGAAUCGGUUACUAUAACUAAUUUACUAAAUCGCGCAAAAAACAAAAAACCCAGAAAUAUUAAGUGAUUAGUCGAUAUUCAAAAUAAAAGAUUUAACAGACAAUUGAAAAAAUAGAUGAUUGAAUCAAAAUAAUUCCUUUCAAGUUCUAUUUAUUUUGAGGGCAAUAUGAAUAUUCUAUUAUGUUCCAUCAACACAUUAAAAAGAUUAUAUGAGAUAUCUUCCGUGGAAGUAGGUCAACAUCUCUAUUGGCAAUUAGGGGGGUUCCAAGUGCAUGCCCAAGUACUUAUAACUUCUUGGGUCGUAAUUGCUAUCUUAUUGGUUUCAGCCAUUUUAGUUGUUAGAAAUCCGCAAACCAUUCCCACUUUUGGUCAGAAUUUCUUUGAAUAUGUCCUCGAAUUCAUUCGAGAUGUAAGUAAAACUCAGAUUGGGGAAGAAUAUGGUCCGUGGGUUCCCUUUGUUGGAACUAUGUUCUUAUUUAUUUUUGUUUCAAAUUGGUCGGGGGCUCUUUUGCCUUGGAAAAUAAUACAGUUACCUCAUGGGGAGUUAGCUGCACCCACAAAUGAUAUAAAUACUACUGUUGCAUUAGCUUUACUUACAUCAGUAGCAUAUUUCUAUGCGGGUCUUUCGAAAAAGGGAUUAGCUUAUUUUGGUAAAUACAUCCAACCAACUCCAAUCCUUCUACCAAUUAACAUCUUAGAAGAUUUCACAAAACCCCUGUCGCUUAGCUUUCGACUUUUCGGAAAUAUAUUAGCUGAUGAAUUAGUAGUUGUUGUUCUUGUUUCUUUAGUACCCUUAGUAGUUCCUAUACCUGUCAUGUUCCUUGGAUUAUUUACAAGCGGUAUUCAAGCCCUUAUUUUUGCUACUUUAGCUGCGGCUUAUAUAGGUGAAUCCAUGGAAGGCCAUCAUUAACUUAACAAAUUUAGGAAAUAGUCUUUUUUAUUAGUUUCUAGUUUAGUUUGACUCGCCACAAUAUAUGUGCGGCUAAAGAUAAUAUACUUAGGUAACAAAAAUACAUAAAAGAUAAACAAAUAAGUUUUGAAUUCUGAUUCUAUUAAUUGAAUAUUCAUAAAUACGGGGUUAAAUUAAAUGCAAUCAAAGUAUAAAUAAAUAUAUGAUUUGGUAAAAAAAUAGAAAAGAUUACUUGAGAGCUGUAAAAAAAAAUAGGAAAAAGAUUCAUUAUUUAAAAGAUGUUUUUCCUAUUUUUUUUUUACUAAACUAAAAAGAAUCUUUGUUUUCAAUUUUUUUCAAUAACUUUUUGGUAUUGUUUUUGUUGUAUUUUAUUUUGUUCAUUCAAUCUAUAACAUAAAUAUUUUUUUUACAUUAUAAUAUAGAUCUAAUUUGAAUAUUAUUUGAUUAGAGUCUAUUAAUGUUGUAAAUGUAAAUAUUAAGAACUUUAACUUUGAACUUUGUAGGAUAUUUCCGUUUACGACAUGUGAUUAAAAUGGAUAUUACAUAAAACUAGAACGUAUUUGUAUUUCAU